UAAUUCAUUGUGUCAGAUUGAGACGGGAAGAAGCAGCGAGCGAGUCGUCGGGUCGGUAAAGCAGUUGUGCUCCGGGAGACACUGAAAAAUCCGACUGCUAGACACAUAAACUGCAGGGAUGGCAGCCAUCCGUAAGAAGCUGGUGAUAGUGGGGGAUGGAGCUUGUGGGAAGACCUGUCUUCUGAUUGUCUUCAGCAAGGACCAGUUCCCUGAGGUCUAUGUCCCCACUGUGUUUGAGAACUAUGUUGCUGACAUAGAGGUGGAUGGUAAACAGGUGGAGUUGGCCCUUUGGGACACAGCAGGUCAGGAGGACUAUGACAGGCUGAGACCUCUUUCCUAUCCAGACACUGACGUUAUUCUCAUGUGCUUCUCCAUAGACAGCCCUGACAGCUUGGAAAACAUUCCAGAGAAGUGGACCCCAGAAGUCAAGCAUUUCUGUCCCAACGUUCCCAUCAUCCUGGUAGGGAACAAGAAAGACCUGCGUAAUGACGAGCACACACGCCGAGAGCUGGCCAAGAUGAAGCAGGAGCCAGUGAAGUCGGAGGAGGGCCGGGACAUGGCUGGUCGGAUUGCAGCAUUCGGUUACAUGGAGUGCUCUGCCAAGACCAAGGACGGUGUGCGGGAGGUGUUUGAGAUGGCCACCAGGGCGGCACUGCAGGCCCGCCGUGGAAAGAAGACCAAUAAAUGUGUACUGCUGUAAAAUGGCUGACAUAUUUGGACUAUUUUCACCAGGGGCUACUGUACCUUGGUUUAGGGCUCGGGAGGGACAGAGGGGAUUACUAGAUGGGAGAGGGAGGGAGGGGAAGAACAGAGUGCAGUAAACACCUACCGCUGUAAAAUGGCUGUUUGUUGGACUGAAUUUACCCUGGGACUUGGGUUUGGGAAGCUUUGAUGGAGAGGGAUGGAUGCAUGGAGGGGGGAGGAGGGAACACAGUAAAUGACUACCGCUGUAAGCCAUCUUUACCUGUAGGUUUAUCAUCAAGGUGGGAAAUUUACACCAGCCAAACGCUGGUACAUAUUGUCUUGUCAACCAGCCACUUAACCGAUAAAGAUUAUUAGGAGUUCCUGGUCCUUUCUAAAAUUCUGUCUGACUGGUAAAACUGAUUAAGGUGCUAGUGAAUUAUGGGAUGUUCCAGUGACUGUUUCUUGUGUACAAAGCAGAAGGUUUAGUUUCCACCCUGAGUGAUUUGCCAGACGGACAGCACAGUAAAUGAGUACCACUGUAAGCAGUCACCAGUGGACUGCUCCUCCCCAGAUGUUCAUACCUGGAUUAGGGAUAGGGUGGUGCUGAGUUGGACAGUGAAAGGAUGGGAAGAAUGAAGUACAGUGUGCGAGUGUGACCAUGGGGACACUUUAUACACCACACCAGGGCAAAUCUGGCAGCUUUCAUAGUUUUACACAUGUAGCUGGUUAUGUUGUAGUUACCUGAGCAGAGUGUUUCAAAAGAAGUCUGCUUACCAGUAAACGAGUACAGGCCUGAAGAGGUUUGAGGCUGAUGAUCUUGCAGAUUUAUUCAGAAACAAAAAUCUGAAUUCUCUUGUAAAAUUAAGCAUUUGGGAAAAUUUGUCCAGUGGUUGUUGUAUCCACAGUAUUGGUCAAGUGCUCUGGUCUUGUGUGCUCAUGGAGCUCCAUGCUCACACGUGCAGCUCAGUGCCAUUUAGUCUGUCAGUGGUUAAUUCCUGUUCUUAUAGACUCGGUGACAGCCGCAUCGAGUCCUUACUGAGAUGACCUGUUCUAAUAACAUGCAGAUCAACUGCAGCUAGUGUUUGAAUUGAUAAACUGACACUUAAACCCAUUUGCUGUGCAGCACCGUCUUGUCUUUAAUCCAAAGUGGUUUUAAUAGCCACCUGUAUACCAGUUGCUGCUCCUAAAUACCAGGCAUAUUAUCAUAGCAGUGUUGUAGAAGGCAGGGCUAGGUAGUCAACUGCCCACAUGGUGGUGGCUUUGUACUGCAUUUGGUUUUCCUAACUUAAGGGGGUGAUCAUUAUCAACCUGAACAUUCUUCAGCAUUGUAAUAUAUUCUUUGGACUGAAUCAGUGGAAGGGGCAGAUGAUUUAUGGUCCCACUCGGACAAUGGCACUGCCUGUGCCUCAGCUCCCAUCCCUUCCUGUUCCACCUAGCUGACUGCUGGUGCUCAUCUUCCUUUGGUUAUAAACCAGGUCAAAGAACAAGGAGAGGAGAGUAUUGUUUACAUGCACACCACUGAUCUCCUUAUUUGGGAUGAACAACUUUUAAUUUUUUUGUGUGUAGGCAUGUUUUAAAGUCAAAUGUACUGUAUGAGAAAAAACCGCAUGCCAGGGAUAAGCCACCAUUACACCUGCAUUUUCUGGAGAACUGUUUGGCCUUGCCACCGGCUUUCACAGUUAGAAAAAUGUGACAUGACCUUGUUACCUAGAAGGCUGUGCACAGAGAUGGCAGAGUGCCAGAGAGUUAUUUGUUUGGGUGCAACUUGUUGGUAUACUGCCUCACUAACAAGCAAAGUGUUGGGAAAACGUUGAAAUUUGGAGUAUUUUUUAACAUCCUUUAUUCUACAAAUAUCAAGGGGUUGUGGGCACACUGGGGAUUUGUAAACCACCAGCCUUCCCUGGCUUUUCAAUGUGGUCUACUGCCAGAGUUGGGUUCUCCUGACAGUACUGUGCCCUCCUGUUCUUCUUCCUGGCCUGCAGGGAGGAGCUGGUUCCAGAAACCUAGUGUUUUUGUUUUAUGCUUUGUUUCCUGUGUUUAGAAAGAAAAAAAGUGUCUCAGUAUUUAAAAAUAGGAGGUGGAAGAUUGGGGUACUGCUUACAUGUUGCUUUAGUUUACUCUUUUGUGCUUGACCUGAAUUUUUGUGAUGACUUAAUGACCUGCCAGUCAUCCCUGCCAAAUGCUGUUGUUAGGCAGUCAGGAGAAAGGCUGGCCUCUCGGCUGCCUGUCUGGAGCAUUGCUAGGACCACGUGCUGUUCUUCUUUUGUUUGUUUGGAGCACAAUCUUAGCUGAAAAGAAAAGGAAAAAAAAA